GAUUCGCAUCAAGCAGCGAGAUGUGCACUUAUCAGUUGUGUGGGAUGUGUGAAUGGAUGUGCGACUCUGCUGCUAUAGAUCCGAGUAACCAUUAUGGCCAGCAAACCGUUGGCAUUCUAGUCUGGCCAACGGCCCAGUGCGAAUCAAAGUUAGGAUACCAAAGCGGUAGAUCAUCCUAACAGGAGGCAGUAAUAAUAAUAAUAAUCAUUAUUCUUAACUGAUUCUGCAAUACAAAAUCUACAAUGGCUGUUGAGGCGCGUACCGUGCUCUGGUAUAUGACAUUUGUCGGUUUCAUUGUCAACUAUAUGCUGCGUAUUAAUUUGAAUAUCACCAUUGUGGACAUGAUUGCCGGCGCUGGUGAGCCCAAGUCCGCGCUGACUCACAAUCUGACGCAACUGGGCAAUGGAAAUGCCAGUUCCGCAAACUCAUCGCAUCUGAUGGCCGCCGUGUCCACUCAGAAUGCUAGUGGCCACCACACCGAACCAUAUUCGCUGGAGCGAUGGUUUCUUGAUUGGGCAAAUAUAGACUACGACAGGAAUGGUUUCCAUUGGAAUGAAAAGGAGCAGAGCAACCUGUUGGGCUCAUUUUUCUGGUUGCAUUGGGUGCUUCAGUUGCCCGGCGGAAUUUUGGCACGUAAAUAUGGCACAAAACUGGUCUUUGGACUGGCGAAUGGCAUUGGAGUAUUCUGUUGUUUCCUCAUACCGAUUAUGUCCUACUGGAGCUAUGCAGCUUUGCUGUGGCUGCGAGUCUUUCAGGGAUUCGUUACUGGUUUGGCUUGGCCCUCGAUGCAUGUGCUCACUGCCAAAUGGAUACCGCCCAAUGAGCGCAGUAAAUUUGUGAGCGCCUAUUUGGGCAGUUCGGUGGGCGUGGCGCUAUUCUAUCCAAUAUUCGGUUAUAUUAUCGCGUGGACCUCCUGGGAAUGGGUAUAUUAUAUUUGCGGCAUCUUCGGCAUGCUGUGGUUCACUGCCUGGCAAUUCCUCGUCUUCGACAGUCCCGCUCAGCAUCCCCGGAUUGCACAAUCUGAGCAGCGUUACAUUGAAAAGUCCUUGGGUGCCUCGGUGCAGAAUAGCACGCCUGGUCCGACGCCCUGGAAGGCGAUUGUUACGUCGCGACCCGUCUGGAUGAACGUGGUGGCACAGUGGGGCGGCAUCUGGGGUCUGUUUACGAUAAUGACCUACGGACCAACAUAUUUCCGGCUUAUACAUCACUGGAAUAUCAGAGCGACUGGCUUCCUUUCCGGCAUGCCACAUCUGAUGCGCAUGAUCUUCGCCUAUAUCUUCUCAAUGCUCGCCGAUUAUCUGCUGCGCACGGAUCGCCUCAGUCGCACCAAGGUCCGCAAACUGGCGACGGCAAUUUGCUGUGGUGCCAAAGGAGUUGUGGUGCUGGCGCUGGCAUACUUUGGCUAUAAUGCAACGGCUGCCAUUGUACUGUUAACAGUGGCUACGAUGUUCCAUGGCGCCGUCUCCUCCGGACCCUUAGCCUCAAUGGUGGAUUUAUCACCGAACUAUGCGGGCAUAGUUCUUGGCGUUAGCGGCAUGAUUGGUGUCAUGCCCGGAUUUAUAUCACCCUUUAUAGUGGGCAUCCUAACACAGGGGAAUCAAACGAUGGAAGCCUGGAAUCAUGUUUUUAUGCUAUCAGCAGCAAUGCUAAUUGGCAGCGGCAUCCUUUACGUCCUGUUUUCGGAGUCAACGUUGCAGCCCUGGAACAGUGGCAGCCACGAUGCCGGGCUCAAGGAGCUGCAGACAAUUGAGGAGAAACUGCCGCUGCAGGUCAAUGCAGAGGAUGAUCCUAAUGCCACAGUCAAGUCUGCUGAUAAAUGAUAGGAGCGGACAGUUUAAUUGGCAUAAGAUCAUUUAAGUUAAAGCCAGCGCUUGUGAUAAGCAGCCUAAAAGGCACAACAAAGUUAUCAAAACUCAUUUCUAUUUGUAUACAGCUCACUUAAAUAUAAAAAGAUUCAUUGCAUUAGGACUGCUAUUUGCUGUUUGCCAAACUAUUGCACUCAGAUGUCUAUUCGAAAUCGCAAUCACGAUCACUUCAUGCUCAGAUUGUGUUUGUGUUUGUUCUUUUGGGUAAAUAAAAUGUGCGAACUGAAUGUUAAACAAAACUCUUGCGAUUUAUUAUUCAAUGUUGGCAAAAGCUGUGAGUUUGCUUUAUGACCAUAGAAACAAUUUAAGCUAGAUAUUAAAACAAAAUCCAGCGGAACUUGACAACGAAAGUGCAAAGAUAAGAAUAAGUAAAUAUUUUGACGCAGUCUUUUCAACUAAAUAAUGUUUAUCAUUCAACAGGCUUAGCUUUAGUUUUUUUUUAUAGAUAUACAUCUACACUUAACAAAAAUAUUUAAACGAUUGUAGAUGCUUAUCAAUAUAUCUCAGAUAAAAUGCUUUAUUUGUGUAUAAAAUACUGUACUCUAUACUUAGACGACUUUUUUUUUUUAAAUAAUAAAAUAAUUUGCAUAAA